AGAAGCUGGAGGCAGGAGGGAAGAUGCCUCUAUGUGAUUCUUGUGAUGGCCAUUUAUUGGUGCACAGAAGCCCUCCCUCUGGCUGUGACUGCUCUGCUGCCAAUCACCUUGUUUCCAUUUCUUGGGAUUCUCCCUUCGAACAAAGUUUGCCCACAGUAUUUUUUAGACACCAACUUCCUCUUUCUCAGUGGUUUAAUCAUGGCCUCCGCCAUCGAAGAAUGGAACCUGCACCGCAGAAUUGCCUUGAAGGUCCUCAUGCUAGUGGGAGUCCAGCCUGCAAGGCUGAUCUUAGGAAUGAUGUUGACAACGUCUUUCCUAUCUAUGUGGUUAAGCAAUACAGCCUCCACUGCGAUGAUGCUUCCAAUUGCAAAUGCAAUUCUAAAGAGCCUCUUUGGAGAGAAAGAAGCAUCUAAAGAUUUUAAUAAAGAAAAUGAAGAAAAUCAAGCCUCUUUACAGCAGAAUAAACUUUACACUGUACCAACUGAGCUGCAGUUUCUGGCAAGUACUGAGGACAAAGAUCUGAUGGAGGAGAAGGAAGUUGCCAUUGACAUUCCUGUGGAUUUGAAGAAAGAGGAAGAAUACAGGGCAAACAUAUGGAAAGGUUUCCUCAUUUCAAUCCCUUAUGCAGCCAGCAUUGGAGGUACAGCCACGCUGACAGGAACGGCACCAAAUCUCAUCCUUCUAGGACAGCUAAAGAGUUUUUUUCCAGGGUGCGAUGUUGUGAAUUUUGGAUCCUGGUUUGUGUUUGCAUUUCCUUUAAUGCUGCUUUUCCUUUUCCUGGGAUGGCUAUGGAUCAGCUUCCUGUAUGGGGGAAUUAACCUAAGGCACUGCAGAAAGAAAAAGUCGGAAAUAAGAAUGGAUGCGGAAGACAGAGCCCGAGCAGUCAUAAAGGAGGAUUAUCAGAAAUUGGGGCCAAUGAAAUUUGCAGAACAGGCAGUUCUCUGCUUCUUUUGCUUGUUUGCAAUCCUGCUGUUCUCCCGGGACCCAAAAUUCAUCCCAGGUUGGGCAAGUUUAUUCACACCUGGGUUUGUCUCCGAUGCAGUUACAGGAGUUGCUAUAGUGACCAUACUGUUCUUUUUUCCUUCACAAAGACCAUCCUGUAAAUGGUGGUUUGACUUAAAAGCAUCAAACACUGAGAAUGCACCAUUGCUGUCUUGGAGAAGGGCCCAAGAGACAGUACCCUGGAACAUUAUCUUGCUGCUCGGUGGAGGAUUUGCCAUGGCAAAAGGAUGUGAGGAGUCAGGCUUGUCUGUCUGGAUUGGAGGCCACCUGCAUCCUUUGGAGAGGGUGCCGCCGGCGGUGGCUGUCGUGCUUAUCACAAUUGUGAUUGCCUUAUUCACAGAGUUCGCCAGUAACACGGCCACAAUUAUAAUCUUCCUGCCUAUCCUGGCAGAACUGGCAAUUCGUCUGAAAGUAAAUCCCCUGUAUUUAAUGAUACCAGGAACUAUAGGAUGCUCAUAUGCUUUCAUGCUGCCAGUCUCCACACCCCCCAACUCAAUUGCAUUUUCUUCUGGACACUUGCUCGUCAAAGAUAUGGCAAGAACUGGGCUACUCAUGAAUCUUAUGGGAGUUCUGCUCCUUAGCUUGGCUAUGAACACAUGGGCCAAGAGCAUCUUCCAGCUGAGCACCUUCCCUGCAUGGGCCAAUAUCCAUGCCGAGAACAUCACGUCCCUCUUGCCGGAUGUAAAGAAUGUUACUUUCAGCUCGCUAAAUAAAAUAUGAGCAAAGCCA